AUGGCCAAUACAGUUGAUGGUCACCUUGCUAUCCUUGCUGGCAUUUCUCUUUCCUUUGUUGCCGUCACGGCAUUUGGACGCUUCAUCAAGAAGCAGCAGAAUAAUCUUUCUCUUCCUCCUGGCCCAGUGCCACUCCCACUAUUGGGGAACGUUUUAUCUGUUGACACUCAGGAGCCUUGGCUGACUUACACCGAAUGGGGUGCUGCAUAUGGGGACUUGGUCUUCGUGCGAAUUCUAGAUCAGGAAAUCGUUGUGGUCAAUUCUCAGCACAUCGCAGAAGCUUUAUUGGACAAGCGUUCUCGGAUUUACUCCGAUCGACCUUACCUGGCCACGCUCAAGCCAUAUGGCUUGUCUAUCAGCUUUACAUUCAUGCGUUAUGGCGAUGAAUGGCGUCGCUGUCGACGACUCUUCCACCAAACUUUCCGUCCCGAGUCUGCAGUCAAAUUUCGCCCAAUGCAGAUCAGGCGGGCUCGUGAGUUAGUCGUCAACCUAGUCGAUGACCCUCAACAUUACCAUGACCACUUCGCAACAUUUUCAUUAUCUGUUGUGAUGUCAGCCGUAUAUGACUACGAUGUCAUCGCUCGGGAUGACCCUCUGGUACAGAUUGUGGUAAAGGCACUGGCUUCGACCUCAGGCGUGUUGACUCCAGAGACAGCAUUGUUGCUCAAGACUUUUCCCUUCUUACUAAAGAUACCUGACUGGUGCUGGGGAUCCUCAAUCAAGCGUAAUGCUCGAGCUUCGACCGAGCGCAUCAACGAAAUGGUCAACGUGCCAUUUCGAUAUGCGCAACAGCACAUAGCCGACAGCCCGUUCUCUGCUCGAUCUUCAAUGGUCGCAGAAAAUUUGCGACGGAUGGAGACGCAAGAUGAGGCCUUCAAACCUGUAUUCGAAGAUGCCUUGAAGAAAGCAGCUUGUACUACACUUGGUGCUUCAUAUGAGACGACUUCGGCAACUUUGAUGGUUUUUGUUUUGGCCAUGGUAUUAUAUCCAGACGUUCAGAAACGCGCGCAAGCAGAAAUCGACUUGGUGGUUGGAAGAGAUCGGCUGCCAACGUUCGAGGACAGAGCAUCGCUACCCUACAUCGAUGCAGUUGUGCGGGAGACUUUCCGAUGGCAGCCUGUUGUACCUCUUGGCAUACCACAUGCUACCUUGAGUGAUGAUGUAUACGAUGGCUAUUUCAUUCCAAAAGGCACAAUCGUCACGUACAACACAUGGGGCAUUACACGGGAUGAAAAGCGGCACCCCGACGCAUCUCGUUUUAUACCAGAGAGGUUCAUCGACGUUGAUGGCGCGCUAACAACUGAUGACCCCGCACAAUAUAUUUUCGGCUUUGGCCGGCGUAUAUGUCCAGGGCGGUAUAUUGCGGAUGCCUCCGCGUGGUCUGCCAUUGUGACCAUGUUAGCCACAUUGGACAUUUCGUCUGCCAAAGAUGACCAGGGCAGAGUGAUCAACUUUACUCCCAUAUUCAUGCCGGGAGUGGUUCGGUACUUGACUUUCCUCGUGCCAGUCUAUCCUUUCGUCACUAAUAGUCUCGUUAUUUCAGCUGUCCUGCGAUCUUCCCUUGCAGUAUUUUGGCGCGGUCUCAUCUUGAUUCAAACCUUGUGGACGGCUGGCGAACUGCCGAAACUUGAAGAUGACAGUAUUCCCAUCCGUGGGCCGUGGCCUGUUUGGGGCACUAGAGGAGUGAUCAAUCGAUCGUUUACUUCCUGUUAG